GAGCAAAACAUGGACAAAUUGGGCCAUAUUCAGAGAAGACACUGUAAACAAUGGCAACUUCAACGACCGGUGGGAAUAGCAGAGAAGGCACGGCCAAAGCCACGGUGGCCGAUCAGAUCUCCCAGACUGUUCAGUCCACUUCCAAUCUCCUCCAUCUCAUGCAACAAUCCUCUGCUUCCCAGGCCCAACUGAUAAAGCUUCCAAAGAACCUUUUGGCAAAAACCUCUACAAUCAAGAAUACUGGGCAAGUGUUAGAGCAGAUGCCUCGAGUCAUUUCAUCCUUGGAUGCACAUAUGGAGACUGGGUUACGAAGUGUUCCUCAUCUCCAAACUGUGAUCCAGUUGCUUGCAAAUAUGGAAAGCUGCCAGAUUAAUUCUCUCUCUCAAGCUCAUCUUUCUCAAGAGGAACAUGAAUUGGUAAAACCUUCGAAGAUUCCUUAGCUGACUGAUUCAAAUUCACAUGGCUGAUGGCACUCAAAUUCUAACUCAGGAUGACUAACUCCUUGUGAAGGUCACAUCUUGUUUGUCUGUGGUCCCAGUUUAACAUUGAAUGUAACCAGAAAUCACGCGUUCAUCGGACGUGAGAGGACACUCUAUGUUCCAUCUCGUGAUGUUCUGUACAUAAAUUUGGCUCUCUAGGGAUGUCCCUCUACUAUGAAUGUAACCAGAAAUAUGUCUCAUUUUGAUUUCUCUCUAAGCGUGUAAGACACGUUUGCGGCUUAUAAAGGAAGCAUCUUGUUGAAUCA